GGAAAUAUGUUGAACCAAACAAAGUUAGGGAAAGCAAGCUGGACUUCCUGGACACUAUAUAAGUUGCAUUAACUGGGAUUAUUCUUUGGUAGUGGGAGGAGAAAAUAAAUGUAGGCUAUAUAGGAGCUGUGCGUAAAAAUCCACAAGAUUCCUUUGUGGGGUUGAUCGUGGGUGCCAAAGUGCGACUUGAGGAGAAACGUAUUCAUGCAAAUUCAUAAAUUCAUAGGCGUGCCUUUGGGCGAUGGAGUCACCGCCGGAAAGCAACCCCCCUCCUGGAUCAUCAGCGACCAUCAAAGACUGAUGCGCAGCGCUCGGACGCAUUGACAGCGGCACCCGGGCAAAUGUUUUAAAAGCGCAGGGGAAGAGAAAGUUAGGACUAGUUUCUUUGUCGCUUCUGUUGACUGGCUGCAAUUCUUCGUUAAUACAACCAUCAGUUUGACUUCUGCGCCACUACAUCUACAUCCUCAGGCUUUUUGCGCAAACUACAGUAUAACGCGUUGCAGCGACUAUCACUGUUUGCAUUGGGUUAGUUUUUUCUGUUUACAGUAAAUUCGGACGGCUUUAGAUGCUGUGGAUCCUGAUGCGCAUGAACCUAAAGCGAUUCAACUAGUCUAUAUAAAAAUUGUGCGUAAAUUCAUUUGUUCAUUUUUUGAGAAAACUACUUAAUUGUUAUUGUGUUUAAAUUGCUGAGGACCUUUCUCGCAUCAACAUGUCAGAGGACGACAGUUGCACUAACAGGGUGUCGGAAACAGAAAGCAGUAACGUUAGCGUCCUCAACUGGGAGCAAGUGCAGCGCCUGGACGCCAUCCUGACGGGGACCGUCCCGAUCCACGGCCGGCGAAACUUCCCCACUCUGGAGAUGCAGCCGCGGCAGAUCGUCAAAGUGGUGCGGAGUCGAAUGGAGGACAAACAGAUCCACGUCCGGGACGUUCGGUUAAACGGCUCUGCAGCCAGCUACGUUCUGCAUGAGGAUAGCGGACUGGGCUACAAGGACCUUGACCUCAUAUUUUGCGCAGAUAUGAAAGGUGAAAGUGAUUUCCAGACUGUGAAGGACAUAGUUUUGGACUGUCUCCUGGAUUUUUUACCCGAUUGUGUGAAUAAAGAGAAAAUAACCCCGUUAACGUUAAAGGAAGCCUAUGUGCAGAAGAUGGUGAAGGUUUGUAACGACUCAGAUCGUUGGAGUCUUAUUUCCCUUUCCAACAACCGAGGAAAGAAUGUGGAGCUGAAGUUUGUGGACUCCCUUCGGAGGCAGUUUGAGUUCAGCGUAGACUCUUUUCAGAUCAAAUUGGACUCCCUGCUCCUCUUCUAUGAAUGCUCAGAGAAUCCCAUGGCCGAGACCUUCCACCCUACCAUCAUGGGUGAGAGCGUGUAUGGGGACUUCAGCGAGGCCCUGGACCACCUACGUCACAAGAUCAUCUGCACUCGAAACCCAGAAGAGAUUCGAGGCGGGGGUCUGCUGAAGUACUGUCACCUGCUGGUGAGGGGUUUUCGGGCAGCCUCUGAAUCAGAGAUGAAGUCCCUGCAGCGCUACAUGUGCUCACGCUUCUUCAUUGACUUCCCUGACAUCAGUGAGCAACAGCGCAAACUGGAGUCCUAUCUUCAAAACCACUUUGUGGGCCUGGAGGACCGCAAGUAUGACUACCUGAUGACCCUGCACGGGGUGGUCAAUGAGAGUACGGUGUGUUUGAUGGGACACGAGAGGCGGCAGACCUUAGGGCUCAUAGCCAUGCUGGCAGUGCGGGUGCUUGCCGAGCAGAAUAUCAUCCCCAACGUGGCUAAUGUUACAUGUUACUACCAACCUGCUCCUUAUGUGGCAGAUGGCAACUUCAGUAACUACUACAUAGCCCAGGUUCAGCCAGUGUUUGCUUGCCAGCAACCUGCAUACUCCACUUGGCUGCCCUGUAACUGAGACAGCCCUGAGGAAAGAAGGAAGGUGAGCAGCAUAGCUGCUGCCUCAAACCUGCCCAGUGUGUGAUAGCUGACAGAAAAAGGAGGCUUCUUUUUAAUGUUUUGCAUCAAAGCUUGUGUUUUUGUUCAUACAUUGAGUAUGAAUGCUAAAUUAAGGACAUUUGGCUUUCAGUUUAAGUCCAUAUUUCAAUGUGAAUAUCUCACAUUUUUUGAAAUGUUGUCACCUGAACCUGCCCAGUCCAGUUGGGUUUGGAAAAGACUACAUUUGGGUAGCGUGGAAGUAAUGGCUAAAUCCAAAUGUCUGACGGCCUUGGGUGCAAGCAGGAGAACUGUCAUCCACAGUGUAUGAGACUGAUUGAAACUGUCAAGAACUGAUUAGCCAGCAUGUUCUAACAGAACACCAAACAGCUGCAUCAGAGCCCUGAAGAUGCCAGCUACCACAGCCCAGCUUUCAGGGGUGUGUUUCCCAGUGCCCACACACACACACACACACACACACACACACACACUGGGUGAAAGUGUGUGCAGGGCUCCAAAAUGAGCUCCCUAGACUUUGCUUUACUUGAGCUAAACUGAGGUGAGAUGCUAUUAAACUAGUUUGGAAAACAACCUGGCAUUUUCGCCUUGCAUUUGGAUAUAAUUCUGGUUGUUUACAGACCAAAGAUUUUAGUGAUUGUUCUUAACAUUAAAACCCAAUUUUGAUGGGGGGAAAAUAAACAAAAUAUGAAGCUAUGUUUAUUUGUAUAUAUGAACAUUUGUGUGUUUCUAAGUGCCUAUUGCCUCUGAGCAGGCAUAGAAAACAAUGAGCAGUCCGUGUGAUUUAGGCGAAUUAGCCCCACUCUGUUUAUAGUCAUGCACACAACACAACAGCACCCAAGAGGCUUGUGAAUGUAUAUGUGAAAUCAUGCACAGUCAGUAUUUGUAUGUGUUUGGAUGCCAAAGAGCACCUUGCAUUAGUGUGAUAAAGUAGCAGUCAGAUGUGUGACUGAUGGGUUGUUGCAGAGUUACAAUUUUUGUGUUGAUAUUUUGACACACCAAAAUUGUAUUUCUGCUAAACUGUCAUGAAUUAUUAUUAGUAUUGUUUUGCCUCUUAUGGCAAUGGUUGGUAAGCAUUUUCAGAUCAUCAGCAACAAAGAAAACUCUCUCUCGUGCGCACACACACACACACACACACACACACACACACAUUAUUUCCUGUAUAUUUUGUAUAGCGGUGCUUCUCUUUUCUCAUUUGAGAAAAAUCAAGUUCUAAAAAAAUAAGAGAUUAAGAGACUGAUAGAGCUGGUGUGUGUGUUCCCCAUGCUUCCUCCUACAGUUGAAGGAUAUUUGCUAAGAGACCUCAGAUGAUGAGACACUAUUUGCUGUAGCACCCUGGCAGGGAAUUCCUCAGG